ACUCCAUCCACUCAAAGCCCUGUUUCAUGGGGGGAUGUGGCCCUCCAUGUUUAUGGAACUCAGCCCUAUUGCCCCAUUCCCACUGUCCCAUCUGUCAGCCCCAUGCCAUGGUAUAAGCAGUGUUUUGUCUCCCAUAGCAUGUGGUUGCAACCCUGAUGGCUCAGCCCCAGGGCUGGAGGGCUGCGAUCCCAUCUCGGGCCAGUGCCACUGCCUCCCACAUGACAGCAGAACCUGUGGGCUCUGCCAGCCCGGCUACUACGACCUGCAGCCCACCAUGGGGUGCAAGAGGUAACCUGCCAAUCGCCACCCGAGGGGUAACAGGACAGCGAGUUGCCAUGCACUGGACGGGGCAGUGCUCUGCCAGCCCGGUGUCACAGAGCAAUGUGACCGGUGCCACCAUGGCUUCUUCGGCUUCUCUGCCAGGGGCUGCCGAGCCUGCAACUGCUCACCGCUGGGCUCCAUCACGCCGCAGUGCCACGAGAACAGCACUUGUCUGUGCCGCCCUGGCUUCGUGGGCUACAAGUGUGACCGGUGCCAGGCCAACUUCUUCCCCGACCCACCCAGCUCCCGCUGCCAGCAGUGUCCUGCCUGCUAUGGGCUGGUGAAGGACGAGGCUGACCAGCUGAAGGCCAGGCUGCAGGAGAUGGAGGAAUGGCUGCAACAAACAGGUUGUGAUGCCCGCCCAGGCCAGUCCCUCAUGAUGAGAGAUGCAGCCCGGGGAGAUGGGCUGCCCAGUUCUCACCUCCUGCAAGGUGCCCGGGCCAUCCUCUUGGCACAGGUAGGGCAGCUGGCAGGGGCGCUGGGCACCGCACGGGGCCGUCUCAGCAAUGCCAACCAGGCCAGUGGCUGCUCCAGCCAUGGACACCCCAAGACCUGCACCCUGCUGUCGGAGAUCAGAGCCGCACUGCAGUCGGCACAGAGGGAGAUCCUGCACGCUGCGGACACCCUGGCUACCACGGAGAUUCCCCAGGAAAUCCCUCAGCAGCCCACAAACUGGAGCCGCUGGGCACUGGAGGCACGGGCACUGGCCAUAAGCCAUGAGGACGCCUUGGUGCAGGUGGAGGCAGUGGUCGGGAGGGCUCUGUGUGCCUCCAACGCCAGCUCUGAGCUCCUGCAGAGCCUGCUGGAGGGGAAUGCGACGCGGGAUGUGCAGCGGGAGCUGGAGGCCGGGUACGAGGAAAUCCAGCGGGCACGGGAUGAGCUGGGCGCUAGCGUGGCUGAGGUGGCAGCGGAGGCCAGGAGAGCUUUAACAGCCGUGCAGCAGGCGAAUGCAGACAUGGCCCAGCAACUUCUGCGGGUGUCUGCACUGGGGCAGCCGGCACAGGCUGGAAACCUGGCACAGGACACGGCAACGCUGGAGCAGGCAGUGGAGGCUCAGGAGCCAUCAGCUCUGCAGGCCAUGGAGGCAUCUCGUGCUCUGGCAGCCAGACUGCACCGGGAGCUGCAGAGGAUUCAUGGCUUCAAACAGCUGCAGAACCAGGCUGGCUCAGCCCAUGGCACAGCCACAUCGGCCAUCUCACAUGGAACUGUGCUCUCCGAUGCAGAGUCCCUCCUGGCCAGUGUGGAAGGCAUGAGGAAGGUGCUGGGGCAUCGGAGAGGCCAGGCUGCCCUGCACAGGAGGAUGGCGCUUGUGCGGGGUAGGACGAUGGUGGAGGCCCAGAGGAAGAUUAAACAGGCAGAGAAGACACUGGGAAACUCCUUAUCCAUCUCCACUGCAGCCCAGAGGACAGCCGGAGCUGAGCGAGUCGCUGGGGAGAGCGCCAAGAGGGCACAGGCUGUGCUGCAGGAGGGCAAGCAUGCCCGCAAGCAUGCCAGCCAGCUUGCUAUGCGUGCCAAUGAGACCCUGCGGGAGCUCUCACAGCAGGAGCAUGUGGCUGAGAAGCUCAGGAGGGACCUGGAGGAAGCCCAUCAGGUGGGGACAGCGGUGAAUGACAUGGCAAGAAGUCUCCAGGAAGCCCAGGGCUCUCUCAUUGCGGACAUCAAGACCCUGAACGACCUGCUGCAGAGCCUAGGUGAGACAGGGCCCUGCGGAAGGGACAGCCUGUUGGGGUUUGGGGCUCUCCUGCUGCAGCAGCUGCGGCUGCGUGUGGCUGCACCGGGUGCCCUGGCCGGGCAGCUCAGGCUGCUGCAGCAGGAGGCUGUGCGGCAGCAGGAGAGGAUCCAGGCGGUGGAGAGUGACCUGGCUGAGAUCCGGGCUGACAGGCAGAACCUGGAAGGACAUCUGCGGAGCCUCCCCGAGGGCUGCUCGCAGUGGCAGUGACAGCUCCAUGGUGGCUGCUCCAUCACAUCUGUGCUCCCCUGCGGAGCGAAGGACACCCUGUGUUCACCAGCAUCGAUCCCCUCACUGCUCUCCAUGCUGUUCUCUAUACAGUACCACAGCCCGGGUCCUUAUUUGCACCGGUUCAGGCUCAGCAUCCCAUGUGCUCUAUGGUGUGACUUUGGCCACCAGGUGUCCUCAGGGCAUGGGGGCAACCAGCUACCAGUGACCACCCAUGUUCCUGCAGGAUAUGGAGGAACAUGGUCAUGGAACAUCACAGAGUUGGUCUCUCACCAUGGAGUGAACAAAGAACUGCCACCGAUCUCCAUGCUAGACACAUUCCUCCGUCUGUCCCACCACCAGGGAGGGACUGCUUAUCAAGUAUGUAACGUACCAAAGCUGCAGUCCCUCCUGCCCCAAGAGAUAAGAGAGAGGCUGUUGAACCCACGCUGGAAGCUGGUCCUGCUGCACAGCAUCCUGCAGUGUGAUGCUCAUGUGCUGUGGUCACAGAAGUACAAAGAUGGAUCCUGGUGAAGCCAAGCAGUGCCAGCUGUCCUGUCCCGGCUCUGCUUGGCUCAGUGGAUGCCACCAGGUCUGGCUAGGAAGCAGCUCAGCUGCUGGCAGCCCCAGGGGCCGGGUGGCAGAGCAAUGCACUGGGCAGGAGGGGGCAGAGCUGAUGCUUUCAGCCCUGUAUCAGCACUCCAACACCCUACCCCUGCAAGGAGCCGGUUGUGCACCAGGCAGUGCAAUGGGGAGCAGCAGGGCACGGCCCAGCUCCAGCCAGUGGUCACUCCUACAGGAUGUCAGAGGUCGUGGCUGUGUCUCCUUUUAAAGAAGGCCUGUGUGGUGUGUCCACCCUGCAUGCCCAUGCUGCUGGGCCCGGCCCUUGCUCAGCCCACCCUGUGCUGGCUGCAUCCUGACUCCAAGCAGCAGUUGAAGUCACUCCCAUCAGACCAGAAACGAGUCCCCAGGCUGGAGCCCACUUCAGUUUUUAACCUGUUUUACCUGUUUUCUUUGGCUCACAGUGCUGGAAAUCAGGUUUGCUCAAUUCUUUUUGUAGUGCUAGAUGUGUAUGUGCUGCCAUAGACAUUGAAACCCCCAGUGUCAUCUCUGGUGGGGCCAGUGGAAGGGACAUGGGAUUUUCCUACCAGGAACAAACCUAUCAUCUCCCUCCUAAUUCUGCACAAGAGCUGCCCAAGGAGUGGGGUGCCAGACCUGCAGCAUUGCAGGGGCUCCCCAUUUGCUGCCCAAGAACAGCUCUGUAAAGCACAACCACACAGCAGCAUGAGCACACUGUGGCUCAGCUUGGGUGAGAAGCAGGGAGCCACAGCCAUGUACCAUCUCCCUGGGCUGAUAACUACGCAUCUCCAAUCCCCAUAUGGAUUUGCUGCUGUUACAGAAAUGCCAAGCCUUUGCCUUGUGCCCGCUGCUGAAAUGUGGUUCAUCCUCUUUCUGGUCUCCUUGGAACUCUGUUUUAGCUGGUGACACCUGCCUAGAGCCAUAGCCAUUAAAAUUCCUUAAUAUAAGACAUAGCUACACAUCUGACCAAGCAAAUGG